UUGCGCACUAAAUCUCGAAAGUUUUUGUGCAAUUUAUUCUGGUUACGUUGGUUCAAAAUUCCUAAAAGACGAAGGGAGUCAAAAGAAGAACGUUUAGAAAGGAAGUUGAACAAAUAUAAGAAAAAAUAUGAACGUUGUAAAAGACGUAAAGACGAACAUUCAAAAGAUAAUAGAAACGAAAAUGAUGUUGGCGAUAUUGUGGAAAGUAUUGAAUCAGAAGAGGAGAUUAUUCUGGAAAAUAUCGAACCAGAGGAGGAGGAGGAGGUAGAAAUUAUGGAAGUUAAAGAAGAACAUUUAGAAGAGGAUAUUAUAGAAGCCAUGGGUCCUCCGAUUAGUACUGAAUCUUCAUAUGGUCAACCAAUACAUCCGGAGAUUUAUAAAAGGGUCGAAGAUAUUUUGAUGGAAGGUUUGACUAAAGAAAAAAUUGAAACAUAUAAAAAAGAACAAUUAAUACCGGAAAAUACCAUUUUGUUAGAGGCACCACUACUGAAUCCUGAAUUACACAUGAUACAGGAGUCAGAAAAAACAAGAGAUAAAAAAAAUUAA